GGAAAGAUGAGUUUCGGCUUUGAAUGUGAUGUUUACGAGCUUAAACUCUCCUUCAAAACUGAGUGGAUGGCAAUCAAGUGGUGGGGACCCUUGUGGAGACUCUUGGGAAGGAAUCCAGUGCUCAGGCUCAUCUGUGACUCAAAUAAAAUUAUCUGGACUUGGACUUACUGGAUCACUGGGUUAUCAGCUGUCAAACUUGAAAUCUGUCACCUACUUUGAUGUGAGCAAGAACAACCUCAAGAAUGAUAUACCAUACCAGCUUCCUCCUAAUGCAGCUACCUUAGAUCUUUCUAAUAAUGGCUUCACUGGCAGUGUGCCCUACUCAAUUUCACAAAUGACUAAACUUCAAAACCUAAAUCUUAAUCAAAAUAAAUUAAAUGGACAGUUGAGUGAUAUGUUUCAGAAACUCUCUAAACUUAAAACACUGGAUCUAUCCCACAACUCGAUCUCAGGGAAUCUGCCUCAGAGUUUUUCUGCACUUUCAAGCCUCAGCACAUUGCAUUUGCAAGACAAUGAAUUCACCGGUACCAUAGAUGUCCUUGCCAGACUUCCCCUUAAAGAUUUGAAUAUUAAAGACAAUGAGUUCACUGGUUGGGUCCCUGAUUCGCUGAAUGGCAUUGAUAAUCUGGAAACGGGCGGGAAUGCGUGGUCAUCUGGUCCGGCUCCUCGUGGUAAAUCUAGUUCAGCCCAUGGCAAGGGAAGUGGGAAAGGUGGCAUGAAUGGACUUGCUAUAGCGUUAAUAGUUUUGGCUUCACUGGUAGUAGUUGGACUCCUCAUUAUACUGCUUUCAAAAAGAAGGUCUUCUCCAUCUUCAAAUUUUCUUGAGGAAGAUAAUGGUAGCUGGCAUAGAGCAUUUACUCCCCUUUCAUCACAUGAACUAUCCAAUGACACUCGUGCUGCCAUAAAGAAAGAGUUUAAAGAAAUUGAACCAAUCAAUUUGUCUGGUUCGAUUGAUAUAAAGAAUCUGCAAAAAGCUCCUUCCGUGGGUUACAAGCCUCCACCUUCUGAUUUUUCUGAGUCUAUAAGUGACAACGAGUUUGCCAUCCGUCUAAAUGCUGGAAGAAACACCUCUGUUCGUUCCAUAGCUUUUUCCUUGACAGAUUUGCAGACUGCUACUGGCAAUUUUGCAUCGGGCCGACUUAUUGGUGAGGGAUCCCUCGGUCCUGUUUACAGGGCUAAAUAUCCUGAUGGGAAGGUUUUAGCUGUCAAAAAGAUUGAUUCAUCACUUUUUCAAGGCGCAAAGCAAGAGUUUUCAGAAAUUGCUACAAGCAUCUCAAAAGUUCACCAUCAGAACAUUGCUGAGCUUGUUGGUUAUUGUUCAGAACAAGGGCACAGCAUGUUGAUAUACGAGUAUUUCAGGAAUGGCUCACUUCAUGAAUUCCUGCAUGUGUCAGAUGACUACAGUAAACCACUAACUUGGAAUACCAGAGUUAGAAUAGCUUUGGGCACGGCACGUGCUGUCGAGUACCUCCAUGAAGUUUGUUCUCCAUCCUUCAUCCAUAAGAACAUCAAGUCAUCUAACAUUUUGCUUGACCUUGAGCUCAAUCCAUGUCUUUGCGACUACGGGCUGGCAAACUUCCAUCAUCGGACAAGCCAAAACCUUGGUGCAGGAUACAAUGCUCCAGAGUGCACUAAGCCGUCAGCUUAUACAAUGAAGAGUGAUGUUUACAGUUUUGGAGUGGUGAUGCUGGAGUUAUUGACUGGUAGGCAGCCUUUUGACAGUUCAAAACCGAAAUCAGAACAAUGUCUGGUUCGAUGGGCCACCCCUCAACUACAUGACAUUGAUGCGUUGGACAAAAUGGUAGACCCUGCAUUGCGCGGGCUAUACCCUCCAAAGUCUGUUUCUCGAUUUGCUGAUAUCAUUUCCCUCUGUGCACAGGUGGAGCCUGAAUUCCGGCCGCCUAUGUCAGAGAUAGUGCAAGCAUUGGUGCGAUUAUUUCAGUGAUCGAGUAUGAACAUAAGAGACGAUAUUGCAGUUUCUAAUCAGAUGGAGGAUUCUGAUUACUAG